AUGGCGUCCGGGGACUUGAGCCGCCGAGUUAGAAGACGCAGCUGUUGCGUUCGUGCCUCCUGCCUUUCGCCAACUGUCCCCACCCCGGUUCGAGCCGUGCGGAGCUGGCUAGAGUGGGGCCUGCAGCCGGCAUUCCGCUCCCACGACGUUGCCAAAAGGUUACGAUUCCAGGCAGAGCGAGGCUUCAAAGGCCCAGUGGAAAUUUCUUAUGGAGCGGAUGCUGACGUGCAGGCCUUAGUCCACCGCUUCUAUAGUCUCCAGAGUGAGCGCGUGGAAGCCUAUCGCCUCUUUGAGGAAGGCCACCAGGCAUACCUGAAAAGCGGCCCCUCGUACGACUUCGUUCGCUACCGUCAGCUGGUGCACGAGAUUACGCAGGCCUUCAACGGGAUCUCUCAGGAAAUCCUGCAGAUCAAAGGACAGCUGGAGGGUCCCCAUGGGCGGGCAGACCUUGCCCAACACCUGAGCCGUCUCCAGGAUAAGGAGAAAGAAAAACUCAAGCUGACGGCCGAGCUGCAGCUUGCCAAGCAAAACGUGCAAGACCAUCCCGGCGUGGACGCGCACAAACAAGAAGUGCGGGAGCUAAAGCAGAAGCUAAUUCAAACCAUUGAGGCAAUCAGCGAAAUUCUCCAGGACUUCAAGUACGAUUCGGAAGAGAGCGGUUGACGGGGCGUCCCCAGGGAGCGGCUGCGGCGAAGCAAGGGGGCAGGGAUGUUUGCGUGCAGGGAGGGCUCUGUGCCCCCGCCUCCCGCUUUGUGCCAACCGUCGAUCGAACCGAUUCGCGCAAAGGACUGAUUGCCCAGCGGCCCUUGCUCUUACAGAAAGCACCCGUGCCAAUCGCCUCUGGAACAGACUCGCCGUCUCCCCUCUCCGCACUUGAUCCAAAUUGGGGAGAGGAGAGGGGGAUACGGAAUUGGGCUUUAUCUUUCCAGGUGAUGGGAGUUUUUUUGGCCGCUCCUCCUCCAAUAAAUCAGUUUCUUCUUAUGAA